UAAACAUUUUGAUUGACUAAACAUUGAUUAGCUUUGAAUGCUAUUAAUGUUUGAUUAGUUUAAAUGAAUACUUAAUAAUAAAUGUAUGAAUGAAUCGACUAUUGAUAAGAAUGACUAAAUGAUUGUCUCAUCUGAUCUGAGUUUUGAUAAUUAAAUGAAGUAAUCAACACAAGAGUGGUAGUGAUGUCAAGUUAUUCAUCUGUAAGUCACUGUAUCUUUGACUUUGACGGCACUCUAAUCAAUACGCAGUCAAUGCUAACGGCGGCCAUCAGUCAGAUCCUCGCAAAGUAUGACAAACAGUACGACUCGUCACUCAAAUCCAAGACUAUUGGUCUCAAUCUGAAGGCUUGCGCACACAUAUUGACCAAUGAAUUACAAUUACCACUCAAUGCUCAAGAGUUAUAUGACACGGCAUUCAACAGUUAUGUUGAUAUGUUGGCCGUCGACACGAUUGAGUUCAUGCCGGGAGCCAAACGAUUGGUGAAGCAUUUGGCCAAAAACGGCAUCGAAAUGGCCAUUUGCACCGGUAGUAUUCAUAAAACAUUUGCGCUUAAAAUCGUCAAUUUCGGCCAAUUCUUUGAUUGCGGUCAAUACUUUAAUCAUAUUGUCUGUGCCGGUGAUGAUCCACACAUUAGUCGUAAUAAGCCUUAUGCUGAUCCCUAUCUCUACUGUAUAUCUUUGUUUAAUCCACCGCCUGAUCCGCACAAAGUUCUCGUUUUUGAAGACUCGCAAACUGGUCUCGAGUCGGGACUGAGUGCUGGCUGUCAAGUGGUUUUCAUACCCGACCCCGUGUUUGACAAAAACAAAUUUGUCGGCCAAUCAACACUUGUUAUCGAUUCACUCGAAGCCUUUGAUCCACAAAUAUUUGGUUUACCAAAGUUUUAGUCAAUGAUUAGUUAUUUAUUAUUUUUUCGAUUAUUUUUAAAUUAUUAUAAUUUUUAUUGUUUAG